GAACUUUAUUUUCAGUGAAUAUGUUUUGCAGGUGAAUGCAGAUUUCACACCAUCACUCAAAGACACCAAAACAGAAAAACAUACAUGUGUACUAUGUCACAGAAGAGAGAACAGUCUGUUUUAUUCCCAGACUGGUGUAAGGUUUGCAGCAUUAUUGGUGCUUCAAAAGGAGGACCUUCUACUAUCUCAUAUGCAAAAAGUUGAACCAGGUGUCUGUUGCCACAGGCUCUGACCGUUGACCUAUCAGGCACUAUCCCCUGGCUUUUAUUUUCCCCAGGCUUUGUCUCCUGCUCCUUUGUGUCUGAACCUCAGGGGACCGAGCAACCCUCUUGCCUUGAGAGGACAUCCUUCCAAAGUAGCAAGAAUAAUAAGUAGAAAUGCUGGUCCAUUAGAAGAAAUCCAAACCACUCACACUGGGCCACAUGUUGCACAGCAUAAUGUGGGUGGUGCCAAGCCACCUUCACUUGCUGCAGGCUCAUUAGUGAAGUUCCAGCUGUUUUGCACUUCUGCACAGGAGUGCCAAUGAUGCAAUUCACAGAUGGCCAAGCAAGGUGCUUCUGAUCUAAUUCCUGCUGCUAGAGGGUGGGUGCUCAUUUGUGCUCAAGACCACUGCCGCACUUCACUAUGUGCUAAUGCUGCACAAUGUGUGGGCCACUCUGAAUCCAAGUAUUGGUCAACCUUCCAUUUCAUUAACGGCCUUACGUUGUUUUGCAUUGUCUUGUUUUAUUCUUUCUGUCUUUCUAUUAUGACUUUAACUGUUGCUGUUGCUGUUUUAAUUAAAGAGCAGCAGCAUCCUUUUAGUAGUACUGCCUAAAAAGUCACAAAAAACUGAGCAAACCUCGGAAUUCCUCAAAGUUUUUCUUCAGGCUAGAUAUUCAGCAACACCACAAAGCGGGAGCGGGAAGAGGGCAGAAAACGCAAGGCACGCUAGAAAACCCCCAACUCCGGCUGUUGGGAAUAGAGUAAGGGGAGGCGUCAGGCAAACCGUGCAAAUCUCUUCACGUAGACUCCGAAGGAAGCCCCACUUUGUUCAGUGGACCACCUUACCUCCUCGAAAGUCUAUUAAGGAUUGUUGCAGCAGCGUUAAUCCGAUGACAUUGUGCUAGGAGAGGUUGAUUUGGGAUUGCACCAGGGGCUGCUGGGAGCAGGAAACACAACGGCUGCCCCCUUCGCCGCUUUUUUUCAAAUUAAACAAGACAUUGAGACUUGCCUCCAUUGCACCAGCAGAACGCUUCCGAUUUCUUCGGAGGCAGAAUGUUUGCACUGCAGUUUAUGACCAGCUUGUUCUCGCCCCGUUCCGCUCAGUAACAUCCAGCCUGAAGGUCACUACCUUCCUCCUGGGCUCUUUUCCUUGGUCCCUAAGAAGACAUCGCCUUCCUGUAGCUUCCGGGCGUCCCCAGAAGGAGUCGGAUUUCUUAUCCUGGGGCUGGAAAGCCGGUCUCCUACACGGAGCGACUCCCUCUGGCCGGUUGGCACCGCUGGGUUAUUUGUACAACUUCAGCUUGCUUCCUUUCCAGCCGCCCGGCGCACGUUGCUUGCUGGAGAGGGCGUGUGCGUAAGAGAAGCGAAGGGGAUCGCUUCUUGACGCCUUCCGCAGUGGUGGAGGCGUUUCGCUUCGCUUGUUCAGCUGCUUCCCUCCCUCCCUCAAGCUGGUGCUCUUCAGCGGAGCCUUCCUCGGGAUGGAUCGCGGAUCGCCAACCAUCUCGGUGGCGGUGGCUUGAAAUAACAUCCUCGGAAGUCGUCCAGCUUGGAUGUUCUGGCCGAGUCAUGGCUUUGGGGAGGAUCGUCCCGCUGAGACGUUUCUUGUGGCUUAUUCUGGCCCAUCACUUGACUGUGGUCACUGCAUGCCAUGAAGCCACCUAUAGCCAGCUCCUUCAACAAAACUGCUUCAGCAAGUUCAAAUCUGACAUGGACACCCUCAGGCAGCCACUGUGGUGUGACUGGGAUAAGACUUAUAGCUGGUAUGAGGAGCUUACCAACUGUACCAUCUUCCUAACAGUGCAGCAUAAUUUUUUCUGGCCAAAUCAUCUGGUGGACGAAUUCUUCAUAUCGAUUCACAAGAACUACUUCAAAAACUGCCCUAUCUCUGGCAGGGCUUUGAGUGACCCCCCUAACACCAUUCUUUGUCCGUUCAUUGUGGUACCCAUUUUUGUCACUCUUCUAAUGACGGCACUAGUAGUCUGGAGGAGCAAACGCAGUGAGGGCAUUGUCUAAACUUCUUUGGUACCCUGGAGGCAAAGUGCAAGGUCUGCUUCGAUCUGUGAAGAUGUACUUGAAAGUCUCCACAACCUUCAGAUUCAGGGAAUGCUGACAGAUUCACACUGGAUGCUAAGCAAGUUGUACUGAAUAAAUAGUUUUGUUACUCUUUCUAUGGUCAAAAAAGAGCAUUUCUAGACAAUGUCCAAUAGUAGAAGACAUGCUGAGGUCAUUAACACAAGCAUAAACUGCAUUCUACCCAGGUUUGGGAGCUGGGUGUACUCCCAAUUUUUGGUUGAGUGUGUGCAAACAACUAAGUAGGAGGAGGGAGAAGCGAUUGUGUGGAAGCAAAGUAGGAGGAAAAGCUACCCAGGUUUUUCUCCUACCUUGCUUCCACACAAUCAUUUCUCCCUCAUCCUACCUAGAUGUUUGCACACCCAGCUCCCAAACCUGGGUAGAACAGUUUUUGCUUGUGUGAAUGACCUCUCUGACCUCUCUGUCUCCCAGAGAGGUGUUAUAACUAUCCACAUUGUCCAGAUAACAAAUAUGUUGCUAAAGCCAAGACAUCAGGGACUAAAACUGCUUCUCUCCACAUCUGAAGUAGGUCAUGACACAGUUUGGUCAGGUUUAAAGGCAUGUGCGCACCAGUGCCUCCUUGAUUUUCAUUUUCAAAUUUACUUUGCAUUUGAGUCAUCCCUGAUUUUUUCUCAAAGUCCUUCUAUUGGGCUAGGGUUGUUUUCUCUCCCUACACACUUCCUUUGAGACUGGGCUGCUCUUUGGGUCAGGUAAUUUGAAAUUUAUUUUUCGCCCUUAGGAUAUGCAUACAUGUAGGAUAUGCUGUGCACCUUUAAAAUCAUGCAGACAUAUGUACAAACUCCAGUAACAUUGCUGGAAUGUAAAUGGGGGGGGGGCACUUCCAACUUGGGUUUGAGGAGCACCUUAGGCUGUGUAAUGUCAGAACAAACACAAACAAACAAGCCAAUGUGGAUGUUGUUAUUUACAAAGGAACAGGUGAAAAUGUGCAUUUUCAGUAUUUUUUUUUAAGAGAGCAAAAAAGGGGGGGGGGAUGGCUUCUAUGCUAGAAAAGCAGCAGGGCAAUAGUCAGGAUGAGAGAGUUGCAGGGUAUUUGCCCAAACAUGCAUAAGGAACAUAACAACGAAGCACACACUUUCACCCUAGAGGAGAAAAUUAGAGUACUAAUCAGGACACACUCUCUGUAUAAGCUGUGGUCUACCCAGCUUUGUGAUAUAUAUGUGGUAUAUUCUGGUGCAAACCACCCACAAAAAUGGCUGGUGUGGGACAGCCAGCUAUUGUUUGGCAGAUUUACAGUGGCAAGGGGAGGUAUAGCAACUUACUAUUUAUAUAUUUUGCCAAUAAUCAGCCACAUAAUGUAUUUUGUGAGGUAUCACUCUAUAGAAAUUAUCUUAAUUAAAAUGUCAUUUAGAACACUGAGAA